AUGAUGACAAGUCUAUAUCACAUUAUCAUUGUUGUGCUCCUUGCCUUGACUCGUCAAACAUAUGCUGACCCAGCUCCCGCUUAUCCGAUUUUCCCCACACAGGCCCAAUUCACUAUUGAAAGUAUUGUAUUUGAUGGUCGAGAUGAUCGCAAUCUUACUGAAUAUAUCUACGAUUACGAUUACAAUCGUCUUACUGUUAUUACACAAAAGACAAUCGCAUAUCACAAUUACAAAUGGCUGCAAAAAGCUGUUUAUUCACUCAAAGAUCAAUCAGAAUGUAAUGUCUAUCCGAUUGAUAUUAAUAAUUCAGUUGAUGGACUUUCUGCUAUAACAGAUACUAGUACAAAACAAACUCACAUUCGAUCAUUGCAAGAUUUUUUACUAUUAACGUCCAAUGCUACAUAUCUUGGAAAUACGAUUCUACGUGGUUUUAUUUAUGUUGAACAAUGGAUUGCGUCAGUUUCGACCGAUACUGAGAUCAUUUUCUCAUUUGGAAAAGCCGCAUAUGCAAUGCCUUGGGAUACAUUUCACUACUCGGUUCCUAUACAACGUAUUCUACGACGUAAGAGUGAUGGUUCACCAUUACAAACCGACAAUUUCUUUGACUAUCGAGUUAAUAUUAGUAGUACUCCAGUAGCACCACCCAAAGGUAUCUAUUGUAAAGAUUGGGUACCCUUUUAUGAAUGGGCAAGUGGGUCCGAUCUUGGCAUUCAAUUUUCUCAGAUAUUCAGCGUUCGAAUUGAUAUUUCGACUUCAAUUGAACAACUCUGGCGUUCCGUACAUCUUCAUUAUCAUAAAUCGAAUGAACAUCAAUUAGUACGUUAUGACUAUACACCUAAUGAUCUCACUCGAAAUCCUGUUUCGAUCAUUUUCGACUAUGCAGACUCAUCAUUGCUAGCUUAUACGAUUGAUCGUCGCACAGGCUCGUGUCAAAUCGAACAAGCAGUCAACGUGAUAUUAUCGGCAUCGAUUCUUCAUGAACCAAUUAUAACAUUGAUUAAUUACGAAGAUUUUCUUCUUAAUCCAAGUGAUCAAAUUUUUCAAUAUGUUGGCAUCCGUCCGUGUCGUGGUUCUAUAAUGUGCUCUAUUUUUAUCAAACAAGAUAGAGUGUUUCCAUCGGAUCCAAAUGAGGAUUGGUUGGUAACAAAUAUUGAAUACUCUUGGUCAACACGACAAAACAAUGAUAGUAUGCAUGACAACGAUGAUAAUAAAUUUUUCUUCGAUUAUCCCGUUGAACUUUAUUUCAAAUUGUACAGAAAAGAAGGUGGAAUACCAGCCGAUGUAUCCUUUCAAUUUUAUGACUAUCGUUCCGAUGUACAUUUGAAUGAAUUCGAUGUACACUUAUGCUAUAGAUCGAAUCAACUCUUAUACAAUCAUUUAGCAUUUCAACUUAAACUUAGCAAUCGAACUACCGUAGAUGAUAUAGAAAAUGUUAUUGUCAACAGGCAAGUUUUUUUUUUAAUAUCCGACAUAUCUUUUUGA